AAAUUAUAGAAUAUAGAUAUUUGCCUUCUCCAGACUCCAUGUACACGACAGUUGGCACUUGGCACAAAUAAAAGCCAUUUAAAAAAAUUGAUAUUUAAUUGUAUUGGUAAUUGGAUAUGAAUUUAGAACGUAGGUCGUAGAUUAAUGUUUCUAAGCUGAGCUAAGAUCGAAGAGAAUAUCUUCUUAUGCGACCUCUUUUUCAUGCAAAGCAGUAAAAAGUCAUUGGUCAGAUAUUGGUUCAAUGCCCCAGAUAGCAAUGGCUCUUAUUUAGCAUGAAAGAUAUGUUUGGUGAUCUUAGUCCUGGCGUUCCAAUAGAGCUAAGAGACCGCGACCAAACCAUUCUAAUGGACACUAUUGAUCAUUCUCGAGCCCGUUACCCUUAUUGCAUAGUUUGGACCCCUAUACCAGUACUAACGUGGCUAUUCCCAUUUUUAGGCCAUAUGGGUAUCUGUAUGUCUAAUGGAAUCAUACGAGACUUUGCUGGUCCUUAUUUUGUAUCAGAAGAUUUAAUGGCCUUUGGAAACCCAACCAAAUAUUGGCAACUAUCUCCACAAAAAGCUUCUAAUGGUCCUGCAGGCUGGGAUGCAGGAGUAAUUGAAGCUUCAGAGAUUUAUAAAAAGAGAAUGCACAUAAUAUUCUAUGAUAAUUGUCAUUCUCAUGUAGCAACAGCAUUAAAUACAAUGAAUUAUGGAGGUUGCAAGAAUUGGAAUAUGGUAAAACUAGCAUUCUACAUGAUACCAUAUUCUAAAUAUGUAAGUUUUGCAGCAUUAUUAAAGACAUGGCUACCAUUCUGUUUAAUAGCCUCCUUUAUUUGUGGCUUGGCUGCAAUCAUAUAGACCAGUUCUUAAUGUAUUGACACUGGCAAUAUCAAAUAAAUAGUAAUAAAUGGCUCAAUUCAUUAUGUUAUAUGUUAACCAUUAUUUUACAGGUAAGUGCUUGUCUUUCCCUAUGUCUAUUUAUCUUUACUAAAUUAUUAGAAUAUGAAUUUAUUCAACAGCUUGACAUAGAUAGGUAUUUACCCAAGAAUGCUGAUACAACACUAAAAAGGCCACCUGCUGUUAUCCUUUAAGGCUGAUUAUUAAAGCUGAUUUAAUUUGCAAAAAGUUUGUGCUAUAAGGGCACUAAAACUAUUCUUACAUAAGAACCGAGAGAUAAAUGAACAAAACUCUUAAAAAUAGUUGGAAAAACAUUCUUUUAAACAAAACAGCAUUCCCUGUAAGAUAAUUCAAUAACAACAAAAUAAAAAUGGUUUCAUUUAUAGAUACAACAGUAUAACAAAAUCUUGUUUUUAUUUGUGUAAGUUUAUAUAUAAUAAAUACACCAAAAUGGUUGAAAAAAAGUUUAUAUAUAAAAUGGGAAAGUUGUUCUAUGUUAUGUUAUCUACAAGCAGGCAAUAUUAUAAUCUGUUAAAGAGGAUUCACGCUAUAAUCCUUAAAACCAUUUCUGUAUGUAAAAAAACGAAAGACUGAAAAAUAUUAGGUUUACAUUUUUAAUGUUUAAUAUAAAAAGAACUUAACACAGAGAUUUUGCUGGUGUAUAAUUGUAGCUGACAAUGAGCCCUAAUAUUUAUCAUACCUGAUUAGAUUUAGAACAUAGAUAACAAUAAUCAACAACCCACUAUUUUCCAAAAAAUGGUUUAGAAUUUUAGCACAAAAUUAAUGCAUAAUUUUAAAGUCAUAACAUCUUACUGUGAAUUAAAAUUAUUUUAUUUCUAUAAUUUGUUUAUUAAACAUAUUUUUUUGUU